UACAUAGAAUGAACCUUUCAAUUUUGACAAUCGAAGUUGUCAAGAUCUGCGAGUUGCGAGUUGUACUGUAAACGUAGUGGAAAAAUCUUGAAGUUUACCGGCUUCGAUAGUCUUUUACAUGCGUUUGAAAUCCUAAAAAUAAAGUAGUUGAAAUGAAGCAGCUAUUCUUCUUAAUUAUUUCAUUUUUUGUCCUCAUAGGAUGUACUACUACAAAAGCUGAAGAUCUUGGAGAAGGAAGUGUUGAAGAAGUUGAACUUGAUCUAGGAGCAAGCCGAGAAGGAUCAAGAACUGAUGAUGAAGUUGUCAAAAGGGAAGAAGAAGCAAUCAAAUUGGAUGGCCUCAACGUAGCACAGCUCCGAGAGCUUAGAGAAAAAUCGGAAAAGUUUGCUUUCCAAACGGAAGUAAACAGAAUGAUGAAACUCAUUAUUAAUUCCCUUUAUAGAAAUAAAGAGAUAUUUUUGAGGGAAUUGAUCUCAAAUGCCUCUGAUGCACUGGAUAAAAUACGAAUGCUUUCACUUACUGACAAAGAGGUUCUCAAUUCUCAGCCUGAAAUGAACAUAAGAAUAAAAGCAGAUAAAGAGUCAGGAAUGCUACAUAUAACUGACACUGGCAUAGGAAUGACAAAGGAAGAUCUGAUAAACAAUCUUGGUACUAUAGCAAAAUCUGGAACCGCCGAAUUUCUGGCUAAAAUGCAAACCUCUGAAACCAGUCAGGAUAUGAAUGAUAUGAUUGGACAGUUUGGUGUUGGAUUCUACUCUGCUUUCUUGGUUGCCGAUAGAGUUACUGUCACUUCUAAACAUAAUGAUGAUAAGCAGUACAUUUGGGAAUCUGAUUCUGCAAGUUUUAGUAUUAUUGAAGAUCCAAGAGGAGACUCCCUGAAAAGAGGUACUACUAUCAGCCUAGAACUAAAGCCGGAAGCUAAAGACUUCCUAGAACAUGAAACCAUUCGUAAUUUGGUUAAGAAAUAUUCGCAAUUUAUCAAUUUUCCUAUCUAUUUGUGGACCAGUCACACUGAAACAUCUGAAGAACCUUUAGAUGAAGAUGUCGAAGACAAGCCAGGGCCUUCUGAUGAGGAAGAUGCAGCAGUUGAAGAAGAAAAGGAAGAAGAGAAACCAAAGACCAAGAAGGUAGAAAAGACCGUUUGGGAUUGGGAAUUGCUCAAUGACAGCAAACCAUUGUGGACAAGAAAACCCUCUGAAGUAGAUGAUAAGGAGUAUGAUGAGUUUUACAGGGCUCUAACUAAAGACACCAAGGAACCUUUGACUAAAAUUCAUUUUGUUGCAGAAGGUGAAGUCACCUUCAAAGCACUAUUGUUUGUCCCUACAGUUCAGCCUUCAGAAAGUUUCAAUAGGUAUGGAACAAAAACUGACAACAUUAAGCUAUAUGUUCGUAGAGUAUUCAUUACUGAUGAGUUCAAUGACAUGAUGCCUUCGUACCUGAAUUUCAUUAGAGGAAUUGUUGAUUCAGACGAUUUACCUCUGAAUGUUUCUCGUGAAACUCUUCAACAGCACAAACUGAUUAAGGUUAUCAAAAAGAAACUAGUAAGAAAAGUUCUGGACAUGCUCAAGAAACUACCUGAAGAGGAAUAUGAGAAGUUCUGGAAAGAGUUUUCCACCAACAUCAAGCUGGGAACUAUUGAAGAUCCUGCUAAUCGAACUAGACUGGCUAAACUGUUGAGAUUCAUCUCAUCUACCGGAGGUCAGUUGACUGGCCUUGCAGAGUAUGUCAGCAGAAUGAAGCCGAAACAAGAUACUAUAUUCUACAUUGCUGGGGCUUCAAAGGAAGAGGUGGAGAAGUCACCAUUCAUUGAAAGAUUACUCCGUAAAGGAUAUGAAGUGCUCUAUCUAACCGAAGCUGUUGAUGAAUAUGCCAUUUCAGCUAUUCCUGAAUUUGAAGGAAAAAAAUUCCAGAAUGUGGCCAAAGAAGGUUUCAGUUUAUCUGAGAUUGAGGGAGACAAGGAGAAUUUGGAGCAACUGAAGUCUACUUUCGAACCUCUAAAUAAAUGGUUGCAUGAUGAUGCUCUGAAGGACCAGAUUGCCAAAGCAGUAGUUUCUGAAAGGUUGAGCGAAUCUCCAUGUGCUCUAGUUGCCAGCAGAUAUGGAUGGACUGGUAACAUGGAAAGAUUGGCCGUAUCCAACGCCCACCAAAAAUCAGAUGAUCCCCAACGCACUUACUACUUAAGUCAGAAGAAGACAUUAGAAAUCAAUCCGCGUCACCCAUUGAUGAAGGAGCUGCUCAAAAGGGUAAACGAUGAUCCUAGUGAUCCCAUUGCAAAAAAUAUGGCUAAGGUGAUGUUCCAAACAGCCACCUUGAGAUCUGGAUAUAUGCUAAGAGAAACUGCAGAUUUUGCACAUUCCAUUGAAACUAUGAUGAGGAAAUCGCUGGGUAUACCCAUCAAUGAGCAGGUGGAGGAGGAGGAAGAUAUUCCUGAAGAUGGGAUUCCAGAGGAAGAGAAUCUUGAUGCAGAUGCGAAAGAUGAUGAACAUGACGAAUUGUAAUUAUAAAAUUUUUUUUUUGAGUGUCUGUGUGUAUGUAUGAUGGAAUUAUAUUUGAUUGUUUUGUACAAUCCUGAAAGACUGUACUCCUAAUUUUG